AUGAGGAAAGUUAUAUAAUAUAAAUAGAUAAUAUUGAUAAAUAAUAAAACCUACUACCAUUUAAUGGAAUUGUUAAAUUAGUACAAAUUUAAACUUUAAACCUCUUCAAAAAAUAGAGUAGGCCAGCUCCGUUUAAUAAAGAUAGAAGUCUUUUUAUAUCAUCUGAUUAUUUAAAUAAUAUUACUAUUUAGCAAUUUUGAGAAUGGAAAGCAAGACCAUUUAAGAACAUUUGACCUUCUAGAAGUAUUAUAUGUAGUCUAUAGUUUAACCACUACAGGUAUGAAUGGUUGA